UGGAUUAAAGAGGUAUUCUUAGGGGUGUCUGUCUAAAGAUCCAGGGGUUUUUGCUCAUCUGCAACAAACUGAAAGAAAAUUUUGAUUAAUAUCAAAAGCAAGAAAUAAUUUCCUAUUAAAGAACUCUUUAUAAACUCUACUCAUCACCUAUCGCUGAAUUCUUUGAUAAUGGCAAAAUUCUAGAACAAAUCGAUAAAAUUGGAAGAAGAGUGAAGGAGAGGCUGAACUUCAUAGAUACUUGGCCCACCCUCCCUUUAAAAGUUUAGAAACCAAUGGCAUCCCAAAAGACGACAUUGAGAGAAGAUGCAAUAAACAAAGGCCACCCUAACUGUGAAGAAGAAUCUUUACAGUUUGAGCCUAUUGGACAUCCUCUUCAAGAAUCCUUGGCUGAUAUGAAGUUAGAACAAGAGGAGGAGAAGAGUGAUACGACUUACCCUCCAGAGAUCAAGAAAAGAAAAUAGUCGAGCUGAUGCUAUUGAUAUUAAGCCAGGACUAUUAGAGCUGAGAAAGCAGAUUCUUGAUAAUAAGAAUAAAAGUACUACUGAGUUCACUAGAUCAACUAAAAAGACAAGGUUUGCUUCAAAGACAACUCACGGAAGAAGGUCCAAGUACAUUGGAGUCUCCAAAAAUAACAUUCACUGGCAGGCAUUGAUCAAUGUGGACCGUAAGAAAAAGUACAUUGGCACUUUCAUUGAUGAAGUAGAGGCGGCUAGGGCCUAUGACAUUUACUCUUUAGCUAUCAAAGGCAAGGAAGCAUGCCUGAACUUUGACUAUACUGUUCAAGAGAUGCUUGAAAACAUUGAGUAUUAUCUCACCCAUAAUUGCUUAAAACCCUAAUUUGCCCCUAUGUUCAUUUUAAU